CACUCGUCUAGUCGUCUCGUCUCUCGUCCCAUAAAGUAAAAAUAAAAAUUGUGCUUUCAUACACACACAUGUUCUCUUAUAGGCACGCAAUCGGCGAACUUCACUUUACGUGGACAUACUUCAUUUGAAAAAGUAGCGUUUUUCUUUAAAAUUCAUAACCUUAUAUCCACGUAUAAUUACGUGGAUUUGGUGCGAAUAGACACAGCGAAUAAAAUAAUACCAAUACUGAAGGAGGUGCGAGCCAGUAGGUAAUCGAAUUUCAAGGGAUUAGUAGCGUCUCGACAGCCUCUUGCACUCCCUGAAGUGCAAACAUGGCGCAGAUUCCGCGGACACGUGAAGAUAUCGAAGCGCAAAUCCGUGAAAUUCAAGAGAAAAAGAAAGUCGUGCAAAACAAUGCCACUGUGGACGAGCAGGUGGCCCUUGGUGAAACAGGGUUCUACGAUCAAGAGAUUUAUGAUGGAACAAACAAUAAAUUUGAUGGUUAUGUCACGUCGAUUGCUGCUAAUGAUGAGAUAGAGGAUGAAGAAUACGAACCAACUACAUUCAGUAGCAACAAGAGGGGCUACAAUGCUCCGGCUGCUUUACUCAACGAUGUUGCUCAGAGUGAAAAGGAUUAUGAUCCUUUUGCUGAUAGAAGACGACCCACCCAAGCUGACAGAGAAGAUGAGUACAGACAGAAAAGACGGCCUAUGAUGAUAUCUCCUGAGCGUGUUGAUCCAUUUGCAGAAGGUGGAAAAACUCCCGAUGUCGGUUCAAGAACGUACACAGAAAUUAUGAGAGAGCAAAUUUUAAAAGGAGAAGAAUCAGAGUUACGUAAAAAAAUAGCUGAAAAAGUGAAAGAUGGAACUUUAAAAACAAACGGAGAAGCCAAAGUAGCCCCAAAAAAGCGAGGACGCUGGGAUCAAACAGAUGAUACACCAACACCUAAAAAAAUGACUCUAACUGCAGCGGUAGCGAACACACCAACUUCUUGGGACACUGCAGAUGCUACUCCCGCUGCCAUACGAUGGGAUGAAACACCAGCUCACGCCAAAGGUGGAGAAACUCCUGGAGCUACACCUGGCGUUAGCACCAGGAUAUGGGAAACGACUCCUGGACAUGCGACUCCGGGUGCAACUACCCCUGGUCGAGAAACGCCAGCUGAAAAGAUCAUUUCUAGUCGCAGAAACAGAUGGGAUGAAACACCCAAGACAGAAAGAGAAACUCCUGGUCACGGUAGUGGGUGGGCUGAGACUCCUAAGACAGAUCGGAUUGCUGGUGAAGUAAUCCAGGAAACCCCGACACCAUCGGCCAGCAAACGAAGAAGUAGAUGGGACGAAACCCCAUCUACUCAGACGCCCGGGGCGAUGACACCGCAGACUCCGGCGACGCCGCUCACUACGCCACAUCAGUCCACAAUUUUGACUCCCAGUGGAACAACGCCCAUAGGUUCAAAAGCUAUGGGUAUGGCCACUCCAACGCCAGGUCACUUGAUGUCAAUGACGCCAGAACAGCUACAAGCCUACCGGUGGGAAAGAGAGAUCGACGAGAGAAAUCGGCCCUUAUCUGACGAUGAACUAGACGCGAUGUUCCCACCAGGAUACAAAGUCUUACAACCUCCUGCUGGUUACGUGCCAAUUAGGACACCAGCACGAAAGUUAACAGCAACGCCGACUCCAAUGGCAGGCACGCCACAAGGCUUUUUCAUUCAACAAGAAGAUAAGAAUGCAAAGUUGAUGGAUAAUCAGCCGAAAGGUAAUUUGCCGUUUAUGAAGCCAGAAGACGCCCAAUACUUUGACAAACUGUUAGUGGACGUGGAUGAAGAGUCACUUAGUCCGGAAGAACAGAAAGAAAGGAAAAUUAUGAAGUUGCUAUUAAAAAUCAAGAAUGGCACGCCGCCUAUGAGGAAAGCUGCAUUGAGACAGAUAACCGAUAAAGCCCGGGAAUUCGGUGCUGGUCCGCUUUUUAAUCAAAUUCUACCUCUUCUUAUGUCGCCUACUUUAGAAGAUCAGGAGAGACAUUUGCUGGUCAAAGUUAUCGAUCGCAUUUUGUACAAAUUAGAUGACUUGGUCAGACCGUACGUGCACAAGAUUCUUGUUGUUAUUGAACCCCUGUUGAUUGACGAGGACUACUAUGCUCGUGUAGAAGGCAGAGAAAUCAUCUCGAACUUGGCGAAGGCGGCGGGCUUAGCAACUAUGAUUUCAACCAUGAGACCCGAUAUUGAUAACAUAGACGAGUAUGUAAGAAACACGACAGCUCGAGCCUUUGCGGUUGUAGCCUCAGCCUUGGGCAUUCCAUCUCUUUUGCCCUUCUUGAAAGCAGUUUGCAGGAGUAAAAAAUCUUGGCAAGCGCGACACACGGGUAUCAAAAUCGUUCAGCAAAUAGCUAUUCUCAUGGGUUGCGCUAUAUUGCCACAUUUGAAAAGUUUGGUUGAAAUCAUCGAACACGGCUUGGUGGAUGAACAGCAGAAAGUUCGUACAAUCACAGCUUUAGCAAUAGCAGCUUUGGCCGAGGCAGCUACUCCUUACGGUAUCGAAAGCUUCGAUUCGGUUCUCAAACCUCUCUGGAAAGGUAUUCGAACGCAUAGAGGAAAGGGUCUGGCUGCCUUUUUGAAAGCCAUCGGUUAUUUGAUUCCACUUAUGGAUGCCGAGUAUGCCAACUAUUAUACUCGUGAAGUAAUGUUGAUUUUGAUUCGGGAGUUCCAGUCGCCGGAUGAGGAAAUGAAGAAGAUUGUAUUAAAGGUAGUAAAACAGUGUUGUGGAACGGAUGGUGUAGAAUCUCAAUACAUCAAGGAUGAAAUCUUACCGCAUUUCUUUAAGCAUUUUUGGAAUCAUAGAAUGGCUCUAGAUCGUAGAAAUUAUAGACAACUUGUUGACACAACUGUCGAAAUUGCCAAUAAAGUAGGGGCUUCAGAAAUAAUAAACAGAGUUGUUGACGAUUUGAAAGAUGAAAACGAACAAUACAGAAAAAUGGUCAUGGAGACUAUAGAAAAAAUUAUGGGUAAUUUGGGAGCUGCCGACGUCGAUUCGCGUCUCGAAGAACAGCUUAUCGAUGGCAUUCUCUACGCUUUCCAGGAACAGACAACCGAAGAUGUAGUAAUGUUAAAUGGCUUUGGUACAAUAGUAAAUACUCUAGGAAAACGUGUCAAGCCGUAUCUACCGCAAAUCUGUGGUACAAUAUUGUGGAGGCUUAACAACAAAUCAGCAAAGGUCAGACAGCAGGCGGCAGAUCUUAUUUCUAGAAUCGCAGUUGUUAUGAAGACAUGUCAAGAGGAAAAACUUAUGGGUCGAUUGGGAGUUGUACUCUACGAGUACUUGGGAGAAGAAUAUCCCGAAGUAUUGGGUAGUAUAUUAGGAGCCCUUAAAGCAAUCGUAAAUGUCAUUGGUAUGACGAAAAUGACGCCUCCUAUCAAGGAUUUACUUCCUAGGUUGACGCCGAUAUUGAAGAACAGACACGAAAAGGUACAAGAAAAUUGCAUCGAUUUAGUUGGUAGGAUAGCAGACAGAGGUCCUGAGUAUGUGUCAGCUCGUGAGUGGAUGAGAAUAUGUUUUGAACUUUUAGAAUUGCUAAAAGCACAUAAAAAAGCUAUCAGGCGAGCAACAGUAAAUACUUUUGGUUAUAUUGCAAAAGCUAUCGGACCACAUGAUGUCUUGGCCACUUUGUUGAACAAUCUUAAAGUACAAGAGCGACAAAAUCGUGUCUGCACGACUGUAGCUAUCGCAAUUGUUGCAGAAACUUGCAGUCCUUUCACAGUAUUACCAGCACUCAUGAACGAAUACAGAGUUCCCGAGCUAAACGUACAAAACGGUGUCCUCAAAUCAUUAUCGUUCCUAUUCGAGUACAUAGGGGAAAUGGGCAAAGAUUACAUUUACGCCGUCAGUUCUUUACUAGAAGAUGCUUUGAUGGACAGAGAUCUAGUACACAGACAAACAGCCUGUGCGGCAAUCAAACACAUGUCCUUAGGUGUUUACGGUUUUGGUUGCGAGGAUGCAUUAAUACAUUUGCUGAAUUACGUUUGGCCAAACGUUUUUGAAACCUCGCCGCAUUUGGUACAAGCAUUUAUGGAUGCCGUUGAUGGAUUGAGAGUCUCUCUAGGCCCAAUUAAAAUUCUUCAGUACACCUUACAAGGUUUAUUUCAUCCUGCAAGAAAAGUUCGCGAUGUGUAUUGGAAAAUUUAUAAUUCACUUUAUAUUGGAGGACAAGAUGCUCUUGUUGCAGGGUACUCAAGAAUCAUGAAUGAUCCAAAGAAUCAGUACAUUAGGUACGAACUGGAUUAUGUUUUGUAGUUAAUUUGUAAUUUUGUAUAUUAUAUAUUAUUAUUAUUAUAACUAUUAGAACUAUUCAAUUAAAUGUUAGGGUAAUUAAUUUGUGAACUUUUAAAA